GCGAUUAUUACGAAAUGGGACGUGGAUAGGAAGAAAAAACUAUGCAUGGAAAAUUUGAACGCGAAAAAGUGCAAAUUAAUAGAUUAUGCAAUGGAGCGCCAAAUUUUGCAACUAAUAAUUCGUUGGUAGCGUUAAAACGCGAAGUGACACGAGUCACAAUGGAAGCAAAGAGAAAGUUCCAACUGAAUCUGAAACCGUUUUUAACAAAUUUCAUUCCUAAAAAUAAUACCCUUCAUCUUUCUUCUCCGAAACUUUUCAUCUGUUCUCGAUUCUCUCUCAGAUCAGAGAUUAGAAAAUGGCGAAAUCAAGCGCCGAUGAUGCCGAACUCCGGCGAGCUUGCGAGGCUGCAAUUGAAGGCACCAAGCAGAAGAUCGUCAUUUCCAUCCGAACCGUCAAGACUCAUGGCACCUGGGGAAAAGCGGCCAAGCUUGGUGGUGGUCGUCAAAUGGCUAAACCUAGGGUUCUCGCUAUCUCCACAAAAGCGAAAACUCAACGGACAAAAGCUUUUCUUCGAGUUUUAAAGUAUUCGAAUGGAGGAGUUCUUGAGCCUGCUAAGAUAUACAAGCUGAAGCAUCUCUCAAAAGUAGAAGUUGUAACAACUGAUCCCAGUGGAUGUACAUUUACAUUGGGAUUUGACAACCUUAGAAAUCACAGUGUGGCUCCUCCACAGUGGACAAUGCGCAAUAUUGAUGACAGGAAUCGCCUCCUGCUGUCUAUCUUGAAUAUCUGCAAAGAUGCCCUGGGUCGCCUUCCGAAGGUUGUUGGUAUUGAUGUUGUGGAGAUGGCUCUUUGGGCUAAGGAAAAUACACCUGCAGUUUCCACUCAAAAUAACCAAGCAGAUGGUGCUUCUGUUGUAUCUGAUGUCAGUGAAGCAGAAUUGAAAGUCAAUGUUGAAAAGGACCUUGUCUCACAAGCAGAGGAAGAGGACAUGGAAGCUCUUUUGGGAAAUUAUAUCACGGGUAUUAGUCAAGCAGAGGCUUUUUCUGAAAGGUUGAAAAGAGAGCUCCAGGCUCUGGAAGCAGCAAAUGUGCAUGCUAUUUUAGAAAGUGAACCUUUGAUAGAUGAGGUGCUAAAAGGGCUUGAAGCUGCUUCAAAUUGCGUGGAAGACAUGGAUGAAUGGUUAGGCAUGUUCAAUGUGAAACUCCGACACAUGAGGGAGGAUAUUGAAUCAAUUGAAAUCCGCAAUAACAAAUUGGAAAUGCAAUCAGUAAAUAACAAAUCUCUCAUUGAAGAGCUUGAUAAACUUCUUGAGCAAUUGAAUAUCCCCCCUGAGUAUUCAGCAUUUUUGACAGGAGAUUCAUUUGAUGAAGCACAAAUGCUUCAAAAUGAAGAAGCGUGUGAGUGGUUGAUUGGUGCCUUGCGUGGUUUUCAAGCUUCUACCAUCGAUCCUGCUUAUGUAAAAAUGAGAGCUUUUAAAGAGAAGCGAGGAGAACUUCAAAUAAUAAAAUCUAUUUUUGUCACGAAAGUUUCUGAAUUUUUGAGGAAUUACUUUGCUACUUUUGUUGAUUUCUUGAUGAAUGAUAAAAGUUACUUUUCUCAGGUAUUUUCUGCAUACAUUAUUUAUGGAAUUAUAAACUUAAAAUCUUUAAUUUUCACUUUGUCUGCUUGUUCUAAACAGCGAGGACAGUUGAAAAGGCCAGAUCAUUCUGACCUGCGAUACAAGUGCAGGACAUAUGCACGCCUUUUGCAACAUUUAAAGGUUCUUGACAAGAAUUGCUUGGGCCCAUUGAAAAAGGCUUAUUGUUGUUCUCUAAACUUGCUUCUUCGCAGGGAGGUCCGUGAGUUUGCUAAUGAACUUCGUGCAGAAUCUAAAACUUCCCCAGGUCCUGGUCAGAAUGUAAAUUCUGCUGACUCUUCGGCAGUUUCUGAUGCAUAUGCAAAGAUGCUCACCGUUUUUAUCCCACUUAUGGUGGAUGAGAGUUCUUUUUUUGCACACUUCAUGUGCUUCGAAGCUCCUCCACUUGAUGGUAAUAAAUCUGGACACAAUGAUGAUGCUAACGAUGAUGAUGAUUUGGGAAUUGCAGACAUUGAUGAGAAUGAUAGUAAAUCCAAUAUGAGUCCUGCGGAGCUUGCAGCUUUAAACGAAUCACUUCAGGAUUUGCUUGAUGGAAUUCAAGAAGACUUCUAUGCUGUUGUGGAUUGGGCAUGUAAGAUUGAUCCUUUAUGCUGCAUAUCAAUGCAUGGAAUAACAGAACGCUAUCUCUCUGGUCAAAAAGCUGAUGCAUCAAGAUUUGUCAGCCUUAUGCUCAGUGAACUUGAGUGUCGGAUAUCUAUGCUAUUCAUUCGUUAUGUUGAUGAUUCUUGUCAUAAUAUUGAAAAGUGUGAGCGCAAUGCUAAACAAAGUGUCCUGCCCUACAUUCCCAGAUUUGCAACCCUUGCAACAAAGAUGGAGCAAUACAUCGCUGGACAGUCUAGGGAUUUGGUUGACCAAGCAUACAUGAAAUUUGUUAGCAUAAUGUUUGUAACUUUGGAAAGACUUGCACAAACAGAGCCAAAGUAUGCAGAUAUUUUCCUUAUAGAGAACUAUGCUGCUUUUCAGAAUAGUUUGUAUGACCUAGCCAAUGUGGUGCCUACUUUGGCCAAGUUUUAUCAUCAAGCUAGUGAAGCGUAUGAGCAAUCAUGCUCACGCCAUAUUAGCAUGAUUAUCUAUUAUCAAUUUGAACGCCUUUUCCAGUUUGCUCGAAGGAUUGAGGACUUGAUUUUAAAUAAUGUUUCACCCGAAGAGAUUCCUUUCCAGCUUGGGCUGUCAAAAGUGGAUUUUCGAAAGAUGCUAAAAUCCAGUUUGUCAGGGAUGGACAGGUCCAUUGGUGCAAUGUAUAAGAAAUUGCAAAAGAAUUUGACUUCAGAGGAACUGUUACCUUCCUUGUGGGAUAAAUGCAAGAAGGAUUUUGUUGAUAAGUAUGACAGUUUUGUCCAACUUGUUGCCAAGAUUUACCCUGCUGAGUCAGUCCCUACUACAGCAGAAUUGAGAGAGCUUUUAGCCAAGAUGUAAAGGUUUAUGUAUCUUCAUUUGGUCAUUCUUUUUUAUUUACUACUAAGAUGAAAUGUAAUUUUCUUAAUGAAGUGCAUUUUCUUUACUCGACACAAGCAUUAUAAUGCCUCAUCCAGAGAAUUUAAUGAGUAGAUAUCUAAUUUUGUGAUAGUUUCAUGUUUUAAUUGUUUCAAUAUUACUAAUUA